AACGCUCAUAAUGCUUGCUGCCUUGGGGAUUUCCUACACAUCCCCCGAGAUGUAACUGAACACUGCCGCACCAAAGCCAUCCAUCCACUCCACCCCACCGAAACCCCGCCGGCGAAGCUUCCGUCACCAUCUCCAGUUCUAACACCUCGACAUCUCUUGUCGCUAGCAGCCUUCGUGUUCUUUUCUUUGCUCUUUUCCCCUUUCCUUGAGCACUUCUGGUUAUAUUGUUUUAUCUGUGGUUUAUACCCAUAAAUAUCUGUCAAAAUGUUGAUCAAAGUCCGUACUCUCACUGGCAAGGAGAUCGAGCUGGACAUUGAACCCGACUACAAGGUCUCCCGUAUAAAGGAGCGUGUUGAGGAGAAGGAGGGCAUCCCCCCUGUCCAGCAACGAUUGAUUUUCGGCGGAAAGCAAAUGGCGGAUGACAAGACGGCCUCAGAAUACAACCUCGAAGGUGGUGCGACGCUACAUCUCGUCCUUGCCCUCCGUGGUGGCUUGUAAUCUACACCUUUCCCAUGCCACAAUACAUAACUCUUACAGUGAGGCUUGUUUCGGACACCAAUAAACAUCACAGUGUGGUUUAAGGGGCAUUUCAAAUAGUCAUGUCGCGAGGAAAUGAUGGACUGGAUGAACGGCGGUAUUCAGCCUGCAGAGCUGGUUGCGCACAGGGAUACCCACAAGACGCGGAGUAGGAAACCGAUAAAUUGUCACUUGUGCCAGUCAAAGUGAAGCAUACAUUAUCUCUAUGGGGCUAUGUUGUUUCCCAGGCUGGUUUCCUGAACCAAUUAUGCUUGCAUUCUUACGGCUCAAGGCGUGAUGAUUUCCAUUUGGCUCAUCGGGUUAGACGAAUUUUAUGUAUUACACCAACGCAUUGAUGACAACCAUUAUAAAAAAAAUUAUCAAAUAAGGGACCUAUCCAACUCUGGUAGACAUCUAUCACGCAA